AUGGAUUCAUAUUUGCCUUUAGUCAUUCCAAGGGCUAAUCCUAUUACUCUUUAUUAUCGUGUCCACCAGACUAAUCCUGAAACCACAUUAUUUGUAUGCUCCCUUGAAAAGCCAUUGAAAAAGCCAAGAGUAAAGAAAUGGUUUUCCUUUUGUGGCAAAAUAAAAUCCAUCGAGACAGGAGAAAUGACCAAAAAGAACCAACAAAUUUACUAUGCAACAGUAGAAUUUAAGAAAAAGAUUUCAUUGAAGAAAUCCUUGGAUAAUGUCUGGCUUAAUCAAAAAAUUGAAGAAUUGUAUGGAAACAAAGAAAUGGAAGUAGAGCCAGAAAUUGAUGAUAAAAUGGCUGAGCAUAUAGCUAAAAUGGAAGAAGGUGGGUUUACAAUGGUAUUACCUAACUCCACCUCUCCGUGAGCGAACAAAGCCAUAGGAAAAAUCCCUAUUUUUUUGCCCAAAAACUGCCCUCAUUGAGCGAACAAAAAUUUUUUAUGAAAAAAAAAUUGAUAUAUAAAUUAUAAUAUUAUAAUGAAAUCGUUAGCUAAUUCUUGUAAUAUUUUAAGCAGCUUACAUUUUAAAACACAUAUUUUGCAUAUUAAAUUAAUUUUUAGUUCUCAAUUUUUACAAAUUGGAAUUUUUAAAUUUUGAAAGAAAAAAAAAUUCUAUAAAAUUUAUAUAUAAAUUUUUUAAAACAAAAAAUUAACACCCCACCCCCUCCAUGAGCGAACAAAAAUUUUUUUGUUCGCUCACGGGGGGGAGAUAAGAAAACCAAGAAAAAUAAAUAUAAUAUUGCAGCUGUUCCAGAAAGCAUGGAUGUGGAAUUAAGCAAAAAGAGACCAAGAUCUGAGGCCACAAAUUUUUACAAUUUCCAAGUAGAAGAAGGAAAAUCAUUGAAAAGAAUGAAAGCUGAUGAAGAAGUUGUAGAAAAGAAGAAAAAGAAAAAAGAAAAAGAAUAA